AUGCGUUUGAGGCCUGAAUUCGAGACUGUCAGAUCCACCAUCCUCAACCGAGAGCAGCUCAAUUUUGAUGGGGUGAUUAGUAGUCUUGAUCGAGAGGAAACCCGGUUGAGAACUCAAGCUCAGUUUAAUGCUCGACCAGGUGAAGGAGAGACUAUCUUGGCGGGUUCAGCAAUCUCGGCCAGGUCAGGUUCAGCUCAAAACCCAUCUGUUCUUGCAGUUAUGAGACCUCAAUUUAAUAAUAGAGUUCCUAACGCUGAGCUGGAGUGCCAUCAUUGUCAUGAGAAAGGACAUUUAGUAAAGCACUGUCGUCAAAGAAACUAUUGUGUGUACUGUAAAAGGAUGGGACACAUCAUCUUGGAAUGUCGUACCCGGGAAAGAAACGCUGAACGUUGGACAGGGAAUUCAUCAUGGAAUUCAUCGCUUGCUGGUGCUGGACGUGGAGCACAUGGUCGAGGUAUGCAGGGUCGCGGAGGCUCUCGGCCAGCUUAUAAUGUUGGUGAAUAUAAUGGUGAAAGACCAAAUGCUACUGCCGCACAAAUAGAACAGCUUGUACAAGCUGUCACCGCCCUUCAACACUCUCUCCCUACUGCAUUUGGAUCAGCUCUCUCGGCCCUCCAAGGACAUGAAGACAGGGAGACAGAUCGGAAGGGGGAGUAA